AUGUCAGCCACUACGACAGCGUCCCUUAAGUCGCCUUCUCGGUCGCACCCUCACUCCCACUCUUCUCAUCCCAAAGGACACUCGCAAUCCCAUACUCGUUCAUACUCACGGUCCUCACGGCCUUCUACCACUCCACGCGCCCAGCCAGCCGUCGCAUCGGUCGGGCAGCCCAUGCCGCCUCUCCUCUCCACGAACCCUCGAUCCCCUCAUCAAUCGAAAGAUCCCAAGAGUCCCAGUCCCAGUUAUUUUGGCUUCGUCGUUGCUGGCGAUGAGUCAAUACCUCCAGACUCCAAUCCCGGCGUCCAUACCCGCCAAAACUGGACAUUCCCUCAUUCGACGGCGCAAAAUCAAGUCCCGACGCCGCGUCAUAUUCCCGUCGAGGCCAACCCAGACUUUGAGGCAUUCCGGAAACAAUCAGAACACAAUCAUCGUUUUGCCCUGAAUACGUCGUUCGGUCGACCGUCGCAAUCGAGGACGAAUUCCUCCAAUACUCCGACUGCUUCUGACACGGCGUUUCCAUUUUUCAUCCAGUCGAAAGCAGAAGCAGAGUCAAGAGACGAGAGAAACAGGACACAAGAUGACCGGAUGAAUGAUGUUUCCUUUUUGGACAUCCCAAGACAACAAUCGCCUGCGCAGCUCGAUUCCAAGCAUAGUGUUGCAGACCAUCAGCAUGCGCGGCUCUCGUUACCGGGCAGUGAACUACGGACCCCACCCAUCCGAACAUUUAGACCGAGCCCACGAUCCGAGACGCUCCCGUCGUCGAGCGAGAAGGAUUCCCCUCCGAUCGUUUCGCCGGUUCGUGUCGCAGAGCUUAUCAAACACAAUCCGAAAUGCCUUCUCAUCCUCGAUCUUAGGGUAUACCAGCAGUACGCCACGGCGAGGAUACGGGGCGCCCUGAAUCUGUGUAUUCCCACGACGUUGUUAAAAAGACCAGCAUAUAAUGUUCAAAGACUUGCAGAAACAUUUUCUUCGACCGAAGACCAAGACACCUUUGCCAAAUGGCGAGAGUGUACUCACAUCGUCGUGUACGACGCCAAUUCCAGCAUCACAAAAGAGGCGGUGACUCCCUUGAACGUUCUCAAGAAGUUCGCAACGGAAGGAUGGGCAGGGACUGGCCUGGUGAUCAAAGGAGGGUUUCUUGCAUUUCAAAAGAUGGUCCCCGAACUGGUUGACUCAGGGCCACCUCAUUCAGGGACAGGGGUGUCUUCACAAUUACUGUCCAUUUCAGCUUCCGGCAAGGAUGCUGUUCCGGUUGCUGGAGGCUGUGCCAUGCCCACCGAAAAGUCGGCGGCGAACCCAUUCUUUGGCAAUAUUCGACAAAACAUGGACCUUCUGGACGGCGUGGGACAGAUGCCGAUCAAGAUACCCAGCAACAUGUCCACGGAGGCAGAACAUUCCAUGCCACAAUGGUUGCAACGGGCCUCGUCCCAGUCCAACGCGGGUAAGUUGGUGUCGGACCAGUUUUUGAACCUCGAACGAUCGGAGCAGGAGCGCAUGCAAGAAGCACUCAGCGGUAAAGUAUCAUACGGCAGUCCAAGAGGUGAGACACCGAAUAAAAUCCAGGUCGCGGGCAUUGAGAAAGGGUCCAAGAACCGGUACAACAACAUCUUCCCGUACGACCAUGCACGUGUACGAUUGCAGAAUGUCCCAAGUGGUAGUUGCGACUACAUCAACGCUAGCCACAUCAAGGCCGAGUUCUCCAAUCGCCAUUACAUUGCCACACAAGCGCCCAUCCCUGCCACGUUCAACGACUUCUGGCGUGUUGUUUGGGAACAGGAUGUUCGGGUCAUUGUAAUGCUGACCGCCGAAGCGGAAGGCGGACAGGUGAAAAGCCAUGUGUACUGGAAUGCUGGUGAAUAUGGAUUCCUCAAGCUCAAACAGCUUUCCGAACGUGAGGUCAGCUUGGAAUCGAAGAAAUACUCCAGCAACGCUCCAGUGCCGAGCAGACCUACCCUGGGCGCACGCAGAUCCACCGCCGCCAAUAUCCCUGGAGAACGCAAGCAGCAGGACGAGGCGAAACCUACGUCUCCCAAAUCACCGUCCGCCACGGUACGACAUUUCAGCCUUAGUCAUGCUGCCUAUCCUUUCGAACCGAUGCGGCAAAUCACUCAAAUCCAAUACAAGGAUUGGCCGGAUUUUGGUGCUCCAGCCAGCCCUGCGGAGCUUCUGGGGUUGGUUGAUCAGGUCAACAAGUAUGUUCGAGGAUCCUCCAGCCCGUCUAGCGUGGUAGGACCGGAUGAGGCCACUCCCGAGGGCUCCCGACCUAUCGUAGUACACUGCAGUGCGGGCUGUGGAAGGACGGGAACCUUUUGCACGAUUGAUUCUGUCAUCGACAUGUUGAAGCGGCAGAAGAUAUCUCACGAAAACAGUCCGAAUAGAAUGGACGUGGAUGGUGGUGACUGGUUGUCCCGAGACGAUAUUGAUCUGGUGGCGAAGACGGUGGAUGACUUUCGACGUCAACGACUCAGCAUGGUGCAGAAUUUACGACAAUUCGUUCUGUGUUAUGAAAGUGUGCUGCAGUGGCUUGUGGUUCAAGAUGCGGAGCGGCAGGACAGACCUGGCCUGUCUGAUCCUAGACGGAGUUAUUAG